AUGUGUAAAAGAGGAGACUAUAGAAUGUAUAAGGCAAAUGGAAGAGAAAAGAAAGAGAUGAACAAUUUAAAAUUUCUUGUGAUUUUCCAGGGUGUUACAUUUCCUGCAAUGCAUGCUAUGUGGUCUUCUUGGGCUCCUCCUCUUGAAAGAAGCAAACUUCUUAGUAUUUCAUAUGCAGGAACACAGCUUGGAACAGUCAUCUCUCUUCCACUGUCUGGAAUAAUUUGCUACUAUAUGGACUGGACUUACGUCUUUUACUUUUUUGGUGCUCUUGGAAUAAUUUGGUUCAUUUUAUGGAUCUGGUUGGUUAGUGACAGACCAGAAACUCACAAGACAAUCUCUGUUUUGGAAAAAGAAUACAUUCUUUGUUCUUUGAAAGAUCAGCUUACUGCACAGAAAUCAGUACCAUGGAUAUCCAUGCUGAAAUCAAUACCACUUUGGUCUAUUGUUGUUGCACAUUUUUCUUACAACUGGACUUUCUAUACUUUAUUGACAUUAUUGCCUACAUAUAUGAAAGAAAUAUUAAGAUUUGAUGCCCAAGAGAAUGGACUUUUAUCUGCACUACCUUAUUUUGGAUGUUGGGUGUGUAUGCUCUUAUCUGGUCAAGCAGCUGACUACUUAAGAGAAACAUGGAAUUUUUCAACUGUAUGGGUCCGUAGAGUAUUUAGCUUAAUAGGAAUGAUUGGGCCAGCAGUAUUCUUAGUAGCAACUGGAUUCACUGGCUGUGAUUAUUAUUUGGCAAUUGCCUUCUUAACCAUAUCCACGACAUUAGGAGGUUUUUGCACUUCUGGGUUCAACAUCAACCAUCUGGAUAUUGCACCUUCUUUUGCUGGAUAGUUGAUU